GGCCUUUUUAGUGCCCGGAUGUUGAGCGCUGAGUGUUCAUUGAUUUAACGGGGACUUGGAAGCGUGGUUGCAGUUCGGUGCUUAUAUUUGAAACAGAACAUCUUGUGACAAUAAGAAAAUGGAGGAUGAUGACGACGGUGUCGGCUUUCUGUACAAAACGAUGUUAUCAAGAGAUCCAAAGAAACGUCGGAUAAAACCUGUUGAGAAACAUUUAAUUCAAGUAACCUUUGGUGAUGACAGUGAAGACGACAGUGAUUUUGAAAUAGAAGGCCAUGAUGAUGAUGAUGAAAUGAUGUCUGACAUAUCAGAAGAUGAGAGUGCAGAUGAUAAUAAAGAUGAAGAUUCAGAUGAUGCCUCGGAAAGUGAUGACGACGAUGAUGACGAAGAUGAGGACGAAGAUGAGGAUGAUAAAGACAGUCUCACAAUAGGGGAAUUAGUUGAAAAGGCUGCUUCAAAACAACAGGCAAUUAAGAGUUCCUCCAGUGAUGAUAAACCAUAUGCUAAAAUGAAAGUCUUGAUAUGCUGUGUCUGUCUGGGAGAUAACAGCAAUGAAGAAGAUGAAAUCAUUGAAUGUGACUAUUGUGGAAUUCCUGUACAUGAAGGCUGCUACGGAGCAUCUGAUGUAGAUUCUGCUAUCAGUAAUCAGACAUCCAGUUCUACAGAGCCCUGGUUUUGUGAUUCAUGUAAAGCUGGUGUGAAGAGCCCAGUGUGUGAGCUGUGUCCUAAUAUGGGCGGUAUAUUCAAACAGACAGAUACAGGAAGAUGGGUUCAUGUGGUAUGCUCAUUAUACAUUCCCGGUGUGACCUUUGGUGAUGUGGAUAAACUCAGUCCUGUGGUACUAUCUGAACUCGGUUUUAACAAGUGGGCAACCAGGGAUUGCUGUUACUGUGAGGAUGACCGGUUUGCUAGGACUGGUAUUGUUAUAGGAUGUGAUGCCGGGAUGUGUAGGAACUACUUUCAUGUCACAUGUGCUCAGCGUGUUGGCUUAUUGUCUGAGGCAUCACCAGAAGAGGACAUUGCUGAUCCGUUUUAUGCAUAUUGCAAAGUACAUGUUGAAAAGCUUCUUAUGAAAAGUAAAAGGCAGAACUGGUUGGCUGUUAAAUCCCACUGUCGACAACAGUCUAUUGAUAAUGUGCAAGAUGAGAUUCUAAAGAAUCGAAUUCUUGCCAAGCUAGAACUAUCAAAAGAGAAAUACAAUGAAGGCAGAAAGAAAAUCCCUCCACCAUGGGUGCCAACAGAUAAGGUACCACGCCUUUUAUCAUCCUGUCCAUCAGCCUGUCGCAGACUUAUGAAGAAAGCAGAAAUGUUAGGUAUUAGCACAGAUACUGUGUCCAUGCGGUCAGCCAAUGAAAGUCAUGAUCACCGAGGUAAAUGGCGAGUGGCACCAGCUUUCAGUCCUGAAUUCGUUGCUUAUUUCCUUGGUAAGUGUAGUUUGUCAGCUGACAUUGAAACUUUAAAAGUAACAAAUAAUGAUCUAAGAGGAAAUGGUGAAAGUUUGUGGUCAACGCUCAGUAAACUUGGAGGGAAGAAACUACCUCUACCAUCUGUUCUUAGAUCACCUCACAAUCCUAAAGUUUCACCAACCAUGAAAGAAACUUCCAAGUCUUCUACAAUGACUGUUAUAAACCUAUGUGGUAUAUGUUCCAAAUCUACUGACCAGCAUUUAUUGGCUCUUUGUGAUACAUGUAGUAAGUUUUAUCAUCUCGGGUGUCUAGAUCCACCAUUAACAAGAAUGCCAAAGAAAACCACAUACAGUGGAUGGCAAUGUUCAGAGUGUUGUAGCAGUGGAAGUGACAGUUCAGUUGCACCAGUGGAGGUGACUGCUGAACCGACUCCAGACAGUACGACUAGUGAUAAAACACGGCGAAGUCGACGACAGAUAAAAGAACCUAAUAAAUUCACACCAGUUCAAGCAUUGUAUGCUGACAGUAAAAAAAUAGCUAAAAUCAAACAUAAGAAGUUCAGAAAAGACUAUGAACCUGUAAAACGCAAAUUGUCAACAACACUGAGUGAUGGCGACAGCAUAGAGUUGCCAAGUUCGCCACCACCACCCCCGGCGAAACGAGAAAAACGGAAAUCUGCUUCCCGUAAAUCCAAAGAAAUAGACGUACGAACAAAGUGUAGCCAGUGUGGAGAAUCGGGUGAUAACUCCACGCUAGUAAGAUUAACUCAAGUGAUGAAGAAACAGGAGACAAAACCUGGCAGCGCAAAAAAGACUGAAGUCAAAAAGGAAUCUGUGAAGUAA